UAACAGCUUCGAAAAAUACAGUUACAACACCUUACAAGAUUGUAUGUAAACUCAGGGACCCUUCCCCUUUGAAUCUCCAUGGCGCGCCUCCGUUGUCUUCUUGCAGAACUUGGAAGCAGAAAAUUGCAGGAGUUUGCGUGUAGAUCGUUUCAGAAUCGUAGCCUCACUCGUUUUUCAGAGAAAGGGAUAUCUAUUCAAAGGUGAAACGUGUCACUCAUACACAGAAGGGCUGCUAGAUGAUGGUAAUUGUAAUAUAGAUGGAGAGCUUUGUAGGAAACUAAAGAAAAUUGCUAGUUUUGAGUUUAGAUCGAAUUUGAAGGAUUUCAGCACCAUUGAAGUAGGACAACACAACUUGAAGCUCUUUUAACAUUCUAGUUCAAGAAUCUUUGCAAGAUCAACAAGUAGACAUGCAGAUUAAAUUUGCCAAUCAACAUACGUAACAUAUUGAAGAACAUGGAGUCUGAUCAGAAUGAAUUUCCCAUGAAUGGUGGUGAUGGAAAAUAUAGCUACUAUCGCAAUUCCUCUCCCCAGAAAUGGGGACUGGAUAGUGCCAAGGCCCUGAUCCAGGAGGUAAUUGAUGAAAAUCUCGAUGUCAAACAACUUCUUUCUUCUUCUAGAAGAGUACUUAGCAUUGCAGACUUGGGAUGUUCAGUUGGACCAAAUACAUUCUUUGCUGUGCGACACAUCAUAGAAUCAAUAAAGCUUAAGUCCCAAUCACAAGGACUACCCGGUUCAGACCCUCUUGAAUUUCAAGUGUUCUUCAAUGAUCAUGUCACCAAUGAUUUCAACACCCUUUUCAAGUCCCUUCCUUCCCUUGAUGAUAGGCCAUACUAUACAGCCAGUGUUCCAGGUAGUUUUCAUGGUCGUCUAUUUCCGGUCGAUAGUGUCCAUUUUUUUCAUUCCUCAAGUUCCAUUCAGUGGCUGUCAAAAGUUCCAGAGGAGGUGGUAAAAAAAGAUUCUCCAGCAUGUAAUGAAGGGAAGGUUUAUUUUACAAGCUCCCCGAGGGAGGUUGAAGAGGCUUAUGGAAUGCAAUUUUCCAAGGACAUAAACUCAUUUUUGAAUGCAAGGGCAGUAGAACUUGUUUCUGGAGGACUUAUGGUUUUGAUAAUGGUUAGUGUCCCUCCUAAUGGUAAGUGUGUCCUCACGGAACUCUUUGACCUUCUUGGGUCUGCUCUCAUGGAUUUGGUCAGCACGGGGUUGGUUAGUGAAGAUAAAGUUGACUCCUUCAACCUGCCAAUGUAUAUUCCAACUUUGGAAUAUCUAAAGGGGGUGAUCGAAAGAAACGGACAAUUCAAGCUUGAGAGAAUAGAAUCAUGGCUUAUCCCGAGUAAUUCAGAUGCUGAAUCAACGGUUUUGAAUCUUCGAGCUGGCCUUGAGGGACUAGUCAAGAAACACUUUGGAAGCGAGAUUGUCGAUAAAGUGUUCUACCAAUUUGAGAAGAAGAUCACAGACUCAUGUGUCCUUACCAACAAGGACUACAAAGUACCAGAAGUGUUAUUUGUAACUCUGAAGCGCUAAACUUACAUGUGACAAGUUAUUUGGCUUCCGUCGUAUUCGGAAUAAAUUUAAACUUUUUAUAGAAGUUAUUUACAACUUCGUACUUAAUUAAAUUAGAAGUUUGUGAAAAUUAUUCCUAAAAUAAUAAAAA